AUGGCUUUCCGCUUCGCCGCAAGAAGACUCGCCCUCACCCGCUCCGCCGUGCCGGCGCGUGCCUUCCACUCGACGCCCGCCGCCUUCGUCAAGGUUGGCGACGCCGUGCCCGAGGUCGACCUCGUCGAGAACUCGCCCGGUAAUAAGGUCAACCUCGCCGAGGAGUUUGGCAAGGUCACCAAUGGACUCAUCAUUGGCGUGCCCGCCGCCUUCUCCCCCGCGUGCUCCGCGAGCCACAUCCCUUCGUACAUCAACCACCCGAAGCUCAAGGAGGCCGGACCCGUCUUUGUCGUCUCCGUCAACGACCCCUUUGUCAUGAAGGCCUGGGGUGACCAAUUGGACCCCGCCGCCCAGACUGGAAUUCGAUUCCUGGGAGACCCGUCUGGCGAGUUCACCAGAGCGUUCGACGUCGACUUUGACAGCAAGGCCAUCUUCGGCAACGACCGCAGCAAGCGCUAUACCCUCGUGAUCGAGAACGGAAAGGUCAAGGAGGCCCACGUUGAGCCCGAUAACAUUGGUACCGCAGGUGACACUCUCGAGGGUGGUGGUGGCGCUCAGGGCAGCUCUAGGCAAGGACCAAAUUUCGGCACCAUUCCUCCCACUACGCGGAAGAGAAAGGCCGCUGAGGCGACGAUAUCCUCCAACAACCAAGACACCGCGACAAAGAAGAGGAUCGCCUCGGCUGCUGGACAGGACGCUCCCCCAACCCCCGUCACCACCGCGAGCAACGGCAUGGGUUCAGAGGAGGACUUCAUGUCGGCUCCCUCGAGCGACGACGAGAUCAUGCAGGAUGACAGCGGCGAGGACAUGUCUGGUCCCGAUGAUUUCGAUGAAGAUGACUUCGAAGACGAGCCCGAGGACCUGGGCAUGAUCAAAGACUCCGACAACAAAAAGAAGGUGGCCUACGACAUCUCAUUCAAAGUCUACGAACCAAAGGAUAUUCAGCGUCAACAGGAUGACAUGAUUGACGAGGUCAACAUGAUCCUGAACAUCCGCAAGGAGGAUGUCGCGAUAUUGCUGCGGCACUUUAGGUGGAACAAAGAACGUUUGAUCGAGGACUAUAUGGACGCUCCCAACAAGGUCUUGGAGGCUGCAGGUCUUGGCUCGAACGUGGCUGGCCCGCCCAAGCUUGAAGCUAUUCCGGGUUUCAUGUGCGACAUUUGCUGCGAAGACGAGGAGGGCCUCCAGACCUUCUCUCUUAAGUGCGGCCACCGAUACUGCGUAGACUGCUACCGCCAAUACUUGACUCAAAAGAUUCGCGAAGAAGGCGAGGCGGCUCGUAUCCAGUGUCCGGCCGAGGGCUGCGGCCGCAUCAUCGAUUCAAAGUCCUUGGAUCUGCUCGUUGCAGCCGAUCUCAACUCCCGAUACCACGAGCUGUUAAAUCGGACGUACGUGGAGGACAAGGAGAUCCUGAAGUGGUGCCCUGCACCCGACUGCCCAAAUGCCGUGGAAUGCGCCAUUAAGAAGAAGGACUUGGACAGAAUCGUUCCCACACUUGUCAAGCGAUGGCUGAAGAAAUGCGCAGACGAUUCGGAGACUGCAAAUUGGAUAUCGGCCAAUACCAAGGAGUGCCCCAAGUGCAACUCGACAAUCGAGAAGAACGGCGGCUGCAACCACAUGACAUGCCGAAAGUGCAAGCAUGAGUUCUGCUGGAUGUGCAUGGGCCUAUGGUCGGAGCACGGCACGAGCUGGUACAACUGCAAUCGUUUCGAGGAAAAGAGUGGUACAGAUGCGCGUGAUGCCCAGGCCAAGUCCCGCAUAUCGCUGGAACGCUACCUGCAUUACUACAACCGAUACGCCAAUCACGAACAGUCUGCCAAGCUAGACAAAGACAUUUACCAUAAGACGGAGAAGAAGAUGGUCCAGCUUCAGACAGCCUCGGGCAUGUCUUGGAUUGAGGUUCAAUACCUGAACCAGGCCUCACAAACACUGCAAACUUGCCGGCAGACUCUUAAGUGGACCUACGCCUUCGCAUUUUAUUUGGCGCGCAACAACUUGACCGAGAUUUUUGAAGAUAACCAAAAGGACCUUGAGAUGGCUGUCGAGGCCUUGUCAGAGAUGUUUGAGAAGCCCGUCCAGGAGCUCUGUGACAAGAAGUUGAAAGUCGACAUUAUGGACAAGACUUCAUACUGCAAGAAGCGAAGGAUUAUCUUGCUUGAAGACACUGCAGACAACCUGGCCAAUGGACGUUGGACAUUUAACAUCGUGGAUGAUGCGGCCCCGGUGGAGCGCGAAUUCGAUGAAGACAGCGACGACGACUUCUUCUACAACGAGCCCUUCCCUGUCGACAAUGUGGUGAGGCAGUGGCGGCUGCCGUGGUGA